AUGAGUAAUGAAUCUGGAGCUUCUAGUGGUACCUCGGUCGGUCGAGGAAGAGUUGUCGGUGUGCCGAAGAGAUGCUGGUGUGGGGAAAUUGUUGUGUCACUUACGUCGAGGUUGACGGCGAAUCCUUACCGGAGGUACUACCGGUGUGCUUUUGCGGCAGAGAGAAAGCUCUCUAAUGAUAAUCAUGCAUACAAAUGGAUGGAUGAAGCAUUGCUAGAUGAGAUUGAAACAUUGACAGUUAAGACAACAAGAGUUGAACAUCAUGUUCUUAGAGAACGUGUGGAAGAAGAGAGGAAGUGGUUCGAGGAGAUGGAGCUGAAGAUAGAGAGAGAGAUGGUUGCAAGAAUGGAAGAAGCCUUGACUGAAGCCUUGACUGAAGGGAAAUGUGAGAUGAAAAAAAUGAUGGUGUUUGUUGUUUUAGGAUGUACUACAAUGGUUGUGUUGUCUAAGCUACUAGGUUGA